AAAUUGAAAGGGACAAACAAAAUUAAUAAUUGUCGCUUCAAAAAAACAAAAUUACUUGUUAUGUGAGAAUCCUUAAGAAAAAUGACGACCUAUCCUUUUCUCUUUAACCGAUUAAUUUCAAUAUCCAAUCACAAUACCACAUUAUUUCCCGACAUUUUCAACGGCGAACCCUAAAACACAACCCCAAAACGACGCCGUGGCAAUGCCUGCUGGGGAAAUCUGCCACCCCUCACCGCCGCCGAUGCCUCCGGGUUCGGAGGGAGAGGAGGAAUGGCUGUGGGGACAUAUCAAAGCCGAGGCUCGUAUAGACGCCGAAGCCGAGCCGGCUCUGGCCAGCUAUCUCUACUCCACAAUCCUCUCUCACUCCUCCUUGGAGCGCUCUCUCUCCUUCCACUUGGGCAACAAGCUCUGCUCCUCUACUCUGCUCUCCACGCUUCUCUAUGACCUCUUCCUCAACAUCUUCUCCACCGACUCCUCCCUCCGCUCCGCCACCGUCGCCGACCUCCGUGCCGCCCGCUUCCGUGACCCCGCCUGUAUUUCCUUCUCUCACUGCCUUCUCAAUUACAAGGGAUUCCUCGCUUGCCAGGCUCACCGAGUGGCUCACAAGCUAUGGACUCAAUCUCGAAAGCCUCUAGCACUUGCACUUCAAGCUCGAAUUUCAGAUGUCUUUGCUGUUGAUAUCCACCCGGGUGCAAAAGUUGGAAAAGGCAUCCUAUUUGAUCAUGCAACGGGAGUUGUAGUAGGCGAGACUGCUGUAAUUGGAAACAAUGUUUCCAUCCUCCACCAUGUAACAUUAGGAGGAACUGGCAAGUCGAGUGGGGACCGACACCCUAAGAUUGGCGAUGGAGUCCUGAUUGGUGCUGGGGCGACUAUACUAGGGAAUGUGAAAAUCGGGGAGGGGGCAAAGAUUGGCGCAGGGUCAGUGGUGUUGAUAGAUGUGCCGCCAAGAACAACAGCGGUGGGUAAUCCAGCCCGAUUAGUUGGUGGCAAGGAACAGCCAACGAAGCACGAGGAGAUCCCUGGGGAGUCGAUGGAUCAUACAUCGUUUAUGUCUGAGUGGUCAGACUAUAUAAUAUGAUUCCAACCAGUAAUAUUUAGGAUGAUUAGCUUGAUAGAUGGCUGAGAGGACUGUUACAAGGUAACUGCAUAUCUUAGUAAUGAGCCCUCAUUGUUUGUUUCUGUUAUAUUUGAUUUGAUUAUGGUAUGAGUUGGAAUAAAUGAGAGGGGGUGUGAAGCCGCAUUGCUCAUUUACCUCACAACAAGCUGUUGAUUGUACAUACUACAUAGUACAAAAUUACAGAUCAUUUUAGCCCA